GUGGGGAUGGAUGUGGUAAACAGAGAGAUCCAGACUGCCAGAACACUACACACCCAGCCUAAAAGACUCGUUAUACUGGAAAACUCAAACACCGCAGGCCAAACACAGUAUGAGUGUACAACUGAGAGAAACUUAUCAGCUCACAACAACUGUGUGACGGGACAGAGCGCACUAACGGACGGCCAAAAUUAGACACAGGUCCAUAUAUACGAGGAGAGCUACAGGGGACGUUAACUACAAACUGGAACAAAGGUCAGAAUGAGCACUUCAGAGGAUAUGAAGGGAAUUCUCCAGAACGUCUGGACCAAACUGCAGGCACUUCCUCAGGAGCACCCACUUACGCAGACGGCCUUCCUCAUCAUCCUGCUGUUCUUCUUGACAUUCAUCGCUCUGGUUGUGACUGGAUGUGUUUACGGCUGCUGUGGCUGCUGCACUGCAGGGUCCAGAAACAAAGUCUCUGCCGUUUGAAACAUGACAACGAGGAAGAAGAUACCAACAGACCAAAAUAUGCCAAAAUAGAAUUUGGUGGUGUUUGUUAGUUUUGUUUGUGACUGCUGUGAUGCCACAUAUUACAGAGAUAAAAUUCAGCCAAAGAAAGUGUAAACUGUAAACUGAAUGAACACACAACACACAUCAGCUACAGUCAUGAAGCAAAUCUUCAAAUGCAGAAACAAGCAUCUGGCUGAGACAUAUGGUCCCCCCUUAAUUAUGGAUGCCACAAAUAAACACUAAAUUCCCAACCUCUUUCAUCAUAGGAAUGCAACAUGCUGUAGGCGAACCAUUAUGAAACCAGUGCCAAAGGCUGCCCUCUGCUGUUUGAUUGCAAAACUGCAGUAACUUCGAGCAGGGACGAAGAAACAAGAAGGGGACGGUUUAGACCUCUCAGGUGCACUGCCAUUCAAAAGUGUGGGGUCAGUAAGAUAUUUUUUAAAGAAAUUCAUAUUUUCAUUUAGAUUAAAAGUGUCAGUAAAGACAUUUAAUGUUUUCAACAUUGAUAAAUCAUAAAAGUUUCUUGAGCAGCAAACCAAUGAUUUCUGAAGGAUCAUGUGACACUGAAGACUGGAGUAAUGAUAUUGAAAAUUCAGCUUUGAUCACAGAAAUAAAUUGCAUUUUACAAUAUAUUCUAACACAAAACAGCUAUUUUAAAUUGUAAUAAUAUUUCACAAUAUUACGGUUUUUACUUGAUCAAAUAAACGCAGCCUUAGUGAGCAGAAGAGACUUAUUUUAAAAACGUGAAAAAUACUUCACCAACCCCAAACUUUUGAAGGAUAGUAUCUGAUAUUCAAAAAAAUGCAUGUAGACCUAAUACUACCAUCAUGUUGUAUUAAGAUGUGAUAUACAGAGGAAAAUAGAGCUGAAACGCUGGAGAAAUAAAAUGUAAAUAAUCAAAUAUGCAAAAACUAAAACUUGUGUAUUUUUAUAUUGAUUCAAAUUAAAUGUUUUCUAAGGAUAUAACGUGACAAAAUAUUCAUGCAUGUUUCUUUUUGUUUUUGAAGCAUACUAUUCUGUUUUAUUAAACAUAUAUCAUACCUUCAAUCCAGAA